GAUGAAACCUGUCAGCUUCCUGAUGUUAGUAUACUGAAUCUUCCAAGAUGGAAAGAAAACGAGAUGGUUCACAUUCUUCGCUCCAAAGAUUUCAUCGUGCAAACAUUUGUGAAUAAAACAAACUGUAAUCCACCACAAAAGCUGCUGUUUGAGUGGCGUUUAUCCAAGUAUAGUGUGGACCAAUCAAAUAGCACUAUCAUCGAAAUGACAACCAUGUUGAACUCAAAAACUACAGAAUGGAACUUGCAAAAGCGACAGCUUGGUUAUGGCCUUUAUUUUGUGGAUUUUAAAGCAGCCCUUGAAAGUAAGCCACUUGCAGUAAGCAGUACUUUAGGAUUUUUUAGCAUCACGAAAUCUCCAAUAAUAGCCGAUAUAUUAGGAGGAAACAAAGUCACUCGGGGAAAGGGAAGUGUCAUCACUUUGGAUGCUUCAGCAACUAGGGACCCAGACGUAGAGCCUGGUAACUACACCUCCAUGCAGUUCACGUGGCUAUGUAAAAGACGAGAAGAAACUUUUCCCACCGGCCCUCUGGCUUCGGUUCCAGUGAUUACAAAUUCCUCGGGCCCAGGAGGAGGCGGUUGUUUUGGGACGGGUGUUGGGAAACUAUUUUCUAAUUUAAUGGUGGUGACAUUAGAAACAUUUCAAAUGACUGUAGAUAUGUCCUAUGACGUCAAACUUGUGGUAACGAAGGAUGACCGAGAGGACGACUUUGUGCAAGAAAUCAAGAUUGUCAGCGGUAACCCGCCGAACGUUAUAAUUAGGUAAUUAAUGGUAGUUAAAAGUAAUCAGCCAAAAGGAAAUUUAAAGCACUGAACCAUAGGCCUAGAGGUUACUUGGUUUGAUAUCAAUCUGCUCUUUGGGGAGAGUGUAAACGCUCCUCUCACAAACUCAAGAGAGAUAUGUGACUGAAUAACAGGUCGGCUGAAUAAUCAUGGCGACAGCAACCACGUGGAGGGAUUAGCGCACGAUCGAAUCUGUGCAUCUCUCUCUGUGUGUGUAGAGCAAAUGUUAUCAUUUUAACUGUGCCAUGCUGAUGAGAAGAGGCCUUAAAAAGACCAAACAGAUAUACACGUCUGCUAACUUAAUAACUUAUUUCACCUAUUUUUUGCUAUUCUUGACCAAACGUUAGUCUUCUUUUCGCUAAGUGAGCAUCUAUGGGCUUUAACAUACCAUUUACCUUGUCACCUGUAAGUGACCUUACUGAACAACCCCUUAAUUAUCAUAGAUCCAUUCACCUCAUCAGACACAGGGUACAUAAUUAAACAACCCGUCUUGUUUCAAGGUAAGGAAUUUCAAACUGAGCUUCCAUAUCUCUUCUUCCACUGCAGGUGCCUCAUCAACUGUGAUAAGAUUGCAAGUGAGUCGACGCGAAUCAGUUUGACCACCGAGUGCAGUGGGGAUCCUUGUGAGAGUGCAAAAUACCACUGGCAAUUAAACGUUGUUAAUUCUAGUGGCGUUCAGGUCAAUGACAAGCAACUGACUGACAAAGCAGAAACUUAUCUUAAUUCCACUGGCAUCGUCAUAAAGAAGAACCAACUAGGAGAGCUACCGCCAGGCCACUUUUAUCAAUUGAAAGUCGAAGUUUCACAACAGGGUGAACCCCCAGGAUAUGCCACUUACCAGUUCAGAAUUAACGCCCCACCUCAACAUGGAUCUUGCAGCGUGACACCAACAAAAGGAGAGGCUUUGAAAACGAAGUUUAUCUUUGAAUGCAGAAAUUGGCAGGUGAGAAUAUUGGAAAUAAAGCGAAAUGAUCAGAACGUCCGAGGAAAAGGAGUCACCUUCCAACAGAAGUAGAUGACAUUUGUCUAAUUAAUUAUGUAUGCAAGGAUUUGACCAUUUCAAGUCAAGCUUUGUUUCGCCAAAAUUUUAAAUCUGUUCGGUUUUCAAGGCGAGGAAAGUGAACUUAUUAUUCUUCUUUCUCCAUAUCCUUUUCUGUGUAGGACCGAGAUGAACCAAUUACGUACCAAUUCCAUUACAAAACCGAGAAUGGCCUGUACACAGUAAUUUCAUAUGGCUCAGAAGGUCUUGUCAGGACAGUGCUACCUCCGGGGAAGAAACAAGAUAAUUAUAAGAUAUAUUUUGAAGUAAUGGUGUCUGACAGUUUUUCUGCUGCAAAUACCACCCUUUUUGAAAUAGAGGUAAAUGCUCUGAUAUUUUGGAAAAUUUGUUUUUUGGUACGCCACAGACAACGAAGGACAGACUAAAACAAAGUCAGGAAUUGCGUACCAUUUUUCACCCAUUGUAGAAAAUGAGAAAUUAGCCUCUGAUUGAUGUUAUCUUUUAACUUUUAUAGUAUCCUGUAAGUGUCUUGAAAUUUUAAUGCGUCAAUGGGAUUAGCGCUUUAAGUUCCUAUUACUACGCGUCAUAAAUUCCUACAAUUUGGCCUUCAAAAAAAUUCAAGAAGUACUCAGUGAUAGUGCUAUAGAUUUCAUUCUUCACCGUCUUUAACGUUACCCAGGUUAAACCUGCGCCCGCUGGUGAGAGUCUCAGCGAACUAACCGUCGGCAACAGCAGUAAGUUCAACCAACUAGUCCAAUUAGGAGAUGUCCGUGGCGCCACACAACUAGCAAAUGCCGUGCUAGAGAGCGCUGAACAGAGAAAGUCAACUACUGCCCAGGAAAAGAUUGCUGUAGGUGAUAAAUUAACACCCACACAUUUGAUCACCGACAAUUCAUAAAUUCAUAGGAGAAGGGGAUCACCUCCCCCUACGGUGUAAUUUAGUAUUAUCAACUGAGUUGAUAACGUAAAUCAGCUAUCGUAAAGAGUUCAAAAGCUGACGUUUUGAGCGUUAGCCUUUCGUCGGAGCGAAGGGCUAACGAAGGGUUGACGAGGGGCUAAAGAAGGACUAACGAAGAGCUGGCAAAGGGCUAACACUCGAAACGCCAGCUUUUAAACUCUUUACGGUGACCAAUUUAGGUUUUCAACUCAGUUGAUAUUACUUAAUUACCCUGUUAUACUCUCUCACCGACUUGCCACCACAGUUUCUCUAGAAACUUACUCCCUUCAUUUAUUAACUUCCCUUACGAACUGGCGAAUAAUCAUUAGCGGUGCGACUGUGAAAUACUGAAGGAUAAAAAAAUCUUAUUUGGAGUUCUAAGUUCUUCUUUGCACCGAAGGUUUUGCUUUCUGACCUCAACCCGUUCCCUCUUUUUUGUUAAAUGAUCCUGCUUGAAUCUUGUAUUUGCUUGAUCACACGUAUUGGUGAGAAUGAAAAUCUCCGAUAAAACCAUAAUGUAACAUUAUAUAACAGUCAGAGCAAUCUGUAAAAAGGAUUAAAAGUAUGUUAAAAGAGCCAUUUGACUUAUUCCUACAGAUUAAAGAUUCUGUUGUGAAGACUGUGUCAGAGAUACAAGUUGGCAAUUUACAGUCUUUGACUCAGGUGACGUCAGUUAUUGCACGAGCAACACUGGAACCCAGCGAGGUGACAUUCGACACUCAGGUAUGUGUUACGAGUGUUAAUGUAGAGCAGGGUUGUUCCUAGACUAAAGUUCAAGGAUCUAGAAACUUCUCUAAAGAACAAAAUUAAGAACCUGAGUAAACCUGAGUAAUUACAUACGAAAGAGAACGUUCCAGAAUGUUCUUACACAAGAAGGUCACGGCUGGAUGACUUGGGGUUCUAGACUGUUCUAUAUAGAACUGUUCUAGAAUGUUCUAGGACUUAAAUUAGACAAUUUUUUCUAACAGUAUGUAUCGUUUGGAUGAAGAUGACUACUUACUCAACACGCGAUAUAUUCUUUAGUACAUCGAUGUAAUAACAUUUCAAUUUUUUAUUCUAAACACGCGGUCCAGUUUCAGUGCUAUUCCUCAACUGACGAUCAAACUUUCAAGGGCAUAAUUCGAAACUUUUGACAAAAAAACGCAUUUUGCUUUUCACCAGAAACGUGCACUGAAAACACUCACCUCUAUGACGUCACUACUUUCGAGUAAGACGACAGAGGAUUAUGCUUCAGAAUAUGUCUUAGUUGAGGAAGGAGGAGAGAACCUGGUACUGAGCCUCGGAAAUCUUCUCCAUUCCACUGCCCAGAAAGCUAAUGUUGUCAGUCAAACAAAGGAGCCAGCGGACGUACGAUCUAAGGUUAGUUUCGAACUUACCGAAUCUGUAUGCGUUCUAUCCCAGAAAAAUGUGACUGACAUCAUGAAAACAAUGUUUUCUUGAGAACCUGAUCAGAAGGUCAAAUAGAUCAUUUUGGAACAAGUUAAACCAUUUAAGGUAAUAUCUUGGCACCUGCAAGCAUUUUUUAAAUCUAAUAUUGCAGAGUGAAAACAUCUCCAGAGAUACGGAGAAACUCAUUGAUGACGUUGCAACAGCUCUGUUGUCAAAGAUGACGGUGGAUCAAGAACCUCGCCGUAUUGAUACUAAGUCCAUCAACAUGGAACUAAGCCGAAUGAGCUCCAGAUCAAGGGGAACCAGUGCAGACUUCACAGACGAUGAUAAGGCAGGAUUUAAAUUUCCUCUUGCUGCCAUAAUUGAUGACAAAGCGACAACUCCUAAAUAUAUAGAUAGUGUGGUAAGCCUGCAUUGGUUUCCUUGAAUGUAGUUAGUCUUGUAUAAGACAAAAAGCGCGGCGUCUCUAGAACUUUAAACUUUACUUUAAUAUUUCUCUGGGUUUACACAUACUCAGAAUGCUUUCGUAAACGCCAUCUCGCACCAGAACUGCAUAGUGUAAAUGCUGAAUAAUAUGUGUUCACAAUAGUCGUGUCUUUUUACAGUUGACGAUGAGUGCUUUUAAUCCUUUCACUUGGGAUAACAGUUCAGCUGUUGUCAGGGAUUCUCAUGUCCUUAGUUUGAACCUUAAAGAUGACGAAGGAGAACCCUUAAUAGUCAAAGACAGCAGAGAGGAUAUAGAGAUCAAGAUUCCACGGAAAGUGAGAUUUACUCCAGAGGAAAGAGUGUCGUUUUUUGUGAAGCCCAGCAGUGAGGGGAAAAUGCAAUACCAUGAAAUAAACUCACCAGGUGUAAGAGGGAACGCUCUACGGCUGCGAGUAAGUAUUGUUGUCUAACCCGUUUAUUCAGAAUCUCUCGGACACAGGCUCCUUUGUCAAUGAGUGGAACGUGGGCCGGUUGAAUGGUCGGUUACAUGGUUGGUUGGCUGGCUACAGUCCUGGUCUUGCGUGAGCUUUGAACAAAUUGAUGCACAUGACAACUGAACACGCGAAUUAGAAAUUAAUUAAGUGGGAUUAAAAGAUUAAAAAAAAAACAGCAGGCUCUGAAAUGGGAGAUGAGCCACGGUGGAAAAGUCUGAUAGAACUUUGGAAAAAUUUAUGAAAUUUAUGCUCUACGGCUCCGAGUAAGUAAUGUUGUCUAAAACGUUUAUUCAGAAUCUUUCGGACACACGUACGUGAGCCGCUUGAUUGGUCGGUUGCAUGGUUGGUUGGCUGGCCACAGUCCUGGUCUUAUUUGAGCUUUGGACAAAUUGAUGCACAUGACGACUGAACACGCGAAUUAAAAAUAAAUUCGGUGGGAUCAAAAGAUAAAAAAAACAGUAGGCUCUGAAAUGGAAGAUGAACCAAGCUGGAAAAGUCUGAGAGAACCUUAGAAAAAUUCAUAAAAAAAGAAAUAAAAUACUUAAAACGUAGCAAAAAGCACAAAAUUGUUCACAAAUUUUGAUCAAUAAUGCAACACCCUAACCAGUGAGCUACGUGUAAGUAUGACUUGCAUUAAGCUGAUCCAUCUCUUGGAAAUUUCGAUAAAAAGUUCACAUAGCAAAAUCAUUCUGCCAGGGUAAUCAGUAGUAAAAUCUGUUUUCAGAUCACACCAGAAAGACCCACCAUCUUUAGGGUGUUUGUGCGACAAGGUCGGCGGCCAACUGUCACAGAAUACGACCUAACAAAGAGAAUCCCCGAUGAGUCGUGUUCCAUAUCUCCUCAGGCUUCUCAGCGUAGUUGCAGCGAGGAAGCUUACGAUGUUGUCUUGUACCAUGAAUUAAUCAGUGAGGCGGGUAAAUACUACAUCGGUAUAUUAUACGAAGGAGGCAGCGUUAGACCUCAGGGACGAAAGAAACGAUCAUGCUUCGGAAGUGGUCGGCAGAAAAGGUCGUGUGUGGAAGUUAAGGAUCCUCCAAGACCCGAGAACAAGACAAUAAAGCCUGUUUAUAACUCAAGAACAGACAUGAAUUACUCGAUGAACAUUUUGGAGGAGAGUUGCGUCUUUUGGGACAGCAGAGAAGAACACUGGUUGUCGACAGGAUGUAGAGUAAGAGUUUUUGAAAAAAAUUCAGCUGCAGACAUUUUCCUUUCCUCUCAUACGACAAUCUUUUUCUAUUUAGUUGACGUUUGGUAAUCUCUUAGGCAAUUUACGUACCUAAUAACAUUUCGUCGAAGGAGCUAAAUGAACGUCGAGAAGUUCAUUGAUUCGUGUUCUUAACUGAUCAAAUGUCUUUAAAAAUACGUUACCACUUUCGUAGAUUUGAUUAAAUUAUCUUCCUAGCUGUGAAUAGUAAUCUUCUCUACUUGAAUGACGGACAAGAGCAGUUGACUUAAAUCUUUACAGUUUAUUUGUCUUUUAUUGAAGGUAGGGCCAAAAUCUGAUUUAGGAUCCUUACACUGCCUGUGUAACCACUUAACGUCAUUUGGAGGAGGUGUCCUGGUGAUGCCUAACACGUUGGAUUUUGAUGUCGUGUUUACAGAACUCGGACGACUCGACCAGACUGGAAACAUUGCUGUCCUUUGUGCGAUAAUCAUUGUGCUGUUGUUGUAUUUGCUUGUGGUCAUAUUCGCAAGGAAAGCCGAUAAACGAGAUCAAGCUAAGGUAGCUCCUUGUUUUUGUAAACUGAAUUCAAAGUCUCAAAUAUUAAUUCUCACCAAAUAUUUUUUUGUGCUAAAUUACGUUUUCAAUAUUUGCUCGAUAUGCAAGGGUCAUUUGAUCUAUGAAGUAACACCUAGCAAUAUUAUGACGAUACGCCUCCUCACCUUCAUGAAAUCAUCUUUUCAUACUUCCAACUUACAUUUUGUGCUUUCAUACGAAAAGGCGAAUUUCUCUUUGACUCCCUGAAGUUAUUUUUUUCAAUUAUCGUUAUUAUUUAUGCUUUUCCACAGGGAGGCCCGGUGUUCCAUUUAACUUUGACCCAGGAGGCCUCUUACGGUUACGAUUUGACCGUGGUAACGGGGGUUUGGAGAGAGUCUGGGACGGAUGCUAAUGUCGCCAUUGUCAUUCAUGGAAGCGAGGCGGAGAGUCAACCCAUAAUAUUACAAAAGGACAUGAUCAACUCCAGGAAAAUUUUGGCCCGCGGAAAUGACGAUAGAUUUGUUAUUCAUUUACCAAUGUCACUAGGCAUUGUGCAAUACAUCCGUGUUUGGCAUGACAACUCAGGAAAGAGUCCUUCUUGGUAUUUCAGCCAUGCUGUUGUGAAGGACCGCCAAACAGGGAAAAAAUGGACAUUUAUAAGCAACAGUUGGCUGGCUUUAGAAAAAGGAGACGGUAAAAUUGACAGGAUUUUAACACCUCUCUCUCGUCGAGAGAUGAAGACUUUUAAAUACUUUCUUAACUCACGAGGCUCAGAGAGUUUUUCUGAGGGACAUUUGUGGCUCUCUGUUGUAACCAAGCCACCGGGGAACAAAUUCACACGCGUGCAACGAGCUACAUGUUGUUUGUGUCUACUUCUGUCUGCCAUGCUUGCAAAUGCUCUUUUCUACAGGACUGAAAAUACAGAAGAUCCUACCAUACAGAUUGGUCCAUUGAAGUUCAGCUGGAGGCAGAUUGUGGUGGGCAUUGAGAGUGCUCUGAUAGUUACUCCUGUGAACUUGCUCAUCACGUCAUUAUUCAAAAAUACGGCGAAAAAACCUUCUAAUACAGUUGUGACCAAGCGGGAAGAUACGCCUGAGCCUGUGCGACGCAACGGUUAUUCUUCCUUAGGCUGCGAAGAGGACACAAGCGGCGUAAAAGCUGCAUCGAAAAGUAAUACUUCCUUCUGGACAAGAACACGAGAAAGAACGUGGGGCAAAACCAAAAAGGACUUCAUUUGUCCUCAUUUCUGUAUCUACAUUGCUUGGUUUCUAAGCCUUGCUACUGUGUCUGUAUCUGCGUGCUUUACUUUUUUCUUCAGCUUAAUGUGGGGAAAAGACAUUGCAAACCAGUGGUUGUCCUCUAUGUUAGUUUCUUUCACUGAGGAUCUGUUCGUUCUUCAGCCAAUCAAAAUAGUUCUUGUCAUGGUUCUAGCCGCAUGUUUCCUUAGCAACCGUAAUGACGCUGACUUUCGUCAUGUUAAAAACCACGAGACAACUGCACAAUUAUCUUCUUUAGAAACAGAAGUUGCAUGUGACACCCAAGGUAGAACAGCUGAAAUCCCGGAGGAAGCUGUGCUUGAACAAGCCAGAGAAUACAGAGUAAAGGAGGCAAAGAUGUAUUCCUUUGGUAGAGAACUUGUGGUGUAUCUACUGUUCUUACUGUUACUAACAAUCGUUUGUUACGGUAACAGAAGUUACCAUGGAUAUCUCAUGACUAAGAAUCUAAAAGACACCUUCAGCAAUUAUUCAUUGGUAAGUAUUCAACAAAGCUAAAACAAAGAGGAAUUUAACGAACUUUGCUUAGUCCUGAGUCUCUGAGCGGAUUUCUCCUCAUUCCUAUAAAAAAAAAUAACCUAAAUUAAGCAUAAUUAUGCUAGGACAUCAACAUUUCGAUACGAAGAUCACCGGAGUAAUUCCGGUGCUCCUUUGUAUGAAGUGCUUAAGCGGAGUUUCAAAAUUAAUGAAGUAUAGUAGCCUUUUAUGCCUCGGUUGAUUGCCACGUAUCAGCAAUCGGACUCUCGGUUCCCAACAUACUGGAUCUCACAAAUGCAACAAACUGCACCGACGGUCAUUCGAAUAAAGUGAAGAGAAGUAAAUCAUUAUGUGAGUUCUUUCGGUUCUUCUUCAGGCCAAAGAUCCCAGGAUCUUUUGGACUUGGCUGAAUGGUCAGUUUGUGAAUGGCAUUUAUGCUGGUAACAUGACAGGACGGAAAACGCGUGCACUGUAAGUACCUCCCGUUGUCCCAUACAAAGCCUUAGAAAACUUUUCUAAGGCUUUGUAUGGGCUUUUUUUCUGGAGUAUCUGGUAGCGCUCCAGGUUGCUUCAAUAUGCUUACCGCAAGGCGUCAUAAUCUCGUCACUUUGUGACAGAAAUGUCGUUUAACUGAAAGUGAACCAGAACACCAACAGACCUAUACAUGUCUCAAUUUUCCGAUGAGGGAAUGUUAGGCAUCAGUGACACGUCAUCGCUUGUCAAACUUUGUCAGUAAACAUGACUUCCACUUACGUAAUUGGCACAGGAUAUACUACUACCGAUGAGGGAAUAAUAAAUAAAUCUGAUCAGAAGUCUGUGGCAGGUCGGGUGAUAUUGAAACGCGUGGAAAAUGCAUUUUACAUUUAAAAAAACUUUAUACUUGGAGGAUUUCAACUGCUUUUUUUUUUUCUGGUAGUCCUUGCAUAAACCUUGUACCCUGUUUCAUCCACAUUAAUUCUUCGUAGUUGUACAUUCACUGCGAACAAAGCUUUCCGGUUAAUUUUUAUCGUUUUAUCGCGUUGAGAUAGGCCGCUGUCCACUAGAAUUUUCUACAACAUUAUAUCAGUAUGGAAACGCGGGCACAACCUCAGCCAAAGGGAAUCGAGUACCGAAGACGAUCGCCAACAAAAGCGCGCGCUUGGCGCGUGCUUGGCAAAAUAAUCAUGCCACGACGAUCUCGGGAAAGUACAAUCGAAAAAAAAACCCAGCAUGCGAAAUCAAAGGAGGAAACGUGAACGAUUGUCAAGGACAGCUAGGGAAAGGGAAGAACAGAGAAAUGAGAACACAAAAGGAAAGAGAUGCAUAUUCUUGGCGCGAAUGUAUUAUAGCAAAUGGAAAGCAUUAGUCGAACAGAAUGAAAAGACCCUGGACAAAACCAAGGUAGGUACUCGGUUAGCGUCAAAAUAGAAUAAAAUAGAUAUCAGAAAAUGAGCAGUUGGUUACAAAAACGAUAUCACCGAACUGACCCUGAACGUAAUCAAACUAGCAUUGUCUUGCAUUGUACAAAACGUCCUGGGGUUGACUUCAACGUUAACUCAUAGGGGAGGGGAGAGUAGCCCUCAAAAUUCUUCUCCUUUUAUGAUGAAAUGAAAAAAAAACUACAAUCAUUUUCGUAAAAUAAGGCAAGGAAUCCGAAAUUGCCUCAUUCUGAAAUGAUUUAGCGGGAAUUCAUUCAUUUCUGUUUGCCAAGCAGACAGGCUAAACUUUCGUCUGAAAAGGUCAGUCAUUGAGCUUUGAGCAUUUUCCCUUCCAUCUUGCCAUGUAGUGUUGAUCUUGCCCUACCAAGGUUACCACGGAUCAAAAAAUGGCCAGGGAUAGAAAUUUCAAGGUCAGGGAAAAGUCAGGGAAAUUAAAGUUUAUACACCACUGAGUUUCAUACCAUGCUGGAAGAAAUAUUUCAGAUGAUCUCAGCAAUGUUUUAAUGAAGAAGAGGAGACUGGACAUUUUGUAUCCAUUUCAUCAGGGAAAUUUUAUUUUUAUCAUGGAUAGGUCAGUACCUUAAUAGUCAGGGAAUCUUGGAAAGUUCUGUUUGUAUUAUAUGAAAGGGAUAAAGUUUAUCAAUAAAUCUAUUAACAUAGGAAUUACAAUUUCCUCGAUUGUGAUUAGUUUUAAAACUCCUAUUUUCCACUAAUUUACUUGCCAAGUUGUUGUUGGACAGUUCAAUAAGCCAAAUACAUUCAAAGUUGUAGUUUAAGUCAACCAAUCACAUUCAAAGUUGUGGUUUAAAUCAAUCAAUCACAACCUUGGUUUCAAUCACCAUAGAAACAGUGUACAGAUUCCUAAAUUGGGGCUUUCUUUAAAACAGAGAAUUGGUUUCCCUUGAGCAAUGACAAUAUUUAAGUGUUCUUUUUGAUUUGGAAAUUGUAAUUUUUAUGAUUAAUUGGUAAAAGGACUUUGUGUCAUUCGUUUCAGUCUGUAAUCACACUCGUGAUAGACAAAUUGUACUUCCACUAUGCAGUCGUCUGAUUGUGUUAUCACUCAUAUGAUUACAGACCAAAGACUACUCAGUCCUAUUACCACUUAUUACACAAUCUAGCAUGUGAAUCUUAUUAAGCUGACCAGCUUCACUUUUCCUCUGUUUAUUACUUUAUUCCAGAUUAGAGACAGGAAUACAAAAUCAGGACCACCCAGUAGCAAAUUUGCCACUGUUAAUUUAAUUGAUCCAUCUGAGCUUCAACCAAUCAGUGAAAAGGAAUUAAUACUAGGACAGGGUUCAUAUGGCCGGUGUAUUUUAAAAAUCUUUCAAAAGAUUAAACGUUCUUGUGGUAGAAAAGCAAUGUCUGAUGCAAAGCACUAAAGAGAUGGUAAAGGAGGCACAAAUCAUGUAGACUCUCACACAAAAAACAUUCCUGCAAUAAUAGGAAUCCAGCUUGAAAGAGAGCCUAUAUCUCUAGUGAUGGAGUUCAAAGGGAAGAAAAUACAUCCGCAACAGUCAGUAAACUAUUGUGUUGCAAAGAAUCCAAUGGUAUAUUAGAGAAAGUUAACAGUUCACUGACAAGCAAAGACUGGCUGAUCAUUUGUCAUGAUAUCACAGAUGCUCUAGCUCACAUUCACUCCAAAGGCUUUCUUCAUUGUGGUCUCAAAUCAAACAAUGUUAAUAUGUAAUCCAAGAUGGUGGCUCUGGGUCCCAGAACCUAACUUCUGAAGUUUGGUUUUAUAUGAGACAGGCAGAGUGAAACAAAGAACAUGAUUUUUACAGAUUAUGUGUAAUACCCAAAUGUUAUGAACUGCUGAAAUUGGCAAUAUUCUUUCAGUUAUCUAAGGAGCUAUUUAUGACGAAUUAUGUUAUUAUUAUGCUAUUUAUGUCAAACAAAAAGAAAACUGCAUGUAGGCUGCUGGUGGAAACCCUCUGUAUUAGUCUGCCCUCUUCCACAGUUAGCAGUGGGAUUAGGGAAAGUCACACCACAGUAAAUUAAAAACAAAAAAAAUUUAUCACAAAAACAGUUCCAGCAGCACAGAAAAAGGCCACAAUGUUGGAUGGAUGGCCAGGUAUACAAUUGGAAAAUAAAUUACAAAAUGUGUACCAGCAUGUUUGUGUUAAUCCCAUAUUAUGAAGUAGGAGUUGUUUUCAGUAACUCAGAGUCAAAUUUUAUGGUAUAGUUUUCUGUAAUAAUAACUAAUUAUCAUCAUAUUGGCUUUCCAUUGUUAGACAUUAAUGCCAAUUUCUUGACCAAUUGAAGUAAAACCAAGUAUAACUUGUUUACAUAUCUAAAAGUAAAUAAACAAAGUUAAAACUGGGUGGGUUGCCUUGAGAACCCAUCUGUUCUGGUGUGUUGUUUUCUGAGUUCUUAGAAAUAAGUGCACACUAUCUUAACUCUGGUGUAAUUUUGAAUAUCAGAACCCUGAAGAAUAGCUCUUACUAACAGACCUGGUGCAUGACACAGUAGUUUGGGUGUGUUUCUAUCUGACCAAAUGAUAGGCUUUGACCUGUUUUGAGACUUAUCCGUGUCAAUGGUACUGUCCAUCUAGUGUGUAAACAUAGUACUUUUAAAUGAAUUCAGUAGACUUAUUCAUUUGAUCAUUAUCAUCUGCCACACAACUGUGUUCCCUAUUACAUUAGUGUUCACUGUGAGAUCUAGAAUGACAUAAAUGUAGGCAAAAAUGGUAUAAUAAAUUAUUUGAGCCUAAGCCUUCUUGUAGUUGAAAUAUUGGGAAAGAAAGGAAGAAGAAAAUAAUCAAGAAUAUAGAAUUAGGCAUAUGCAAGAUAACAUUCUGUUUCCAUUGUUACUUUAGCACAUCAGUAUUCCUGUUGUGAAGAUGUCACAUCUUUUAUCAACAGGACUGCCAAGAUGACUCAUCUUUUUGCCAGUUUCUGUUUGCUAUUGUAACAAUAACUCUUGCAGUCCACUGGCAAAGGCCAAAAAUUAACUUAGGAAUAAAACAAGGAUGCUGUGGCUCAAAAACUUUGUAUUAGGACACUGCCAGCUUGAACCUAGGAGUCAGCAUUUAGGCUUUGAGUUUAAGCAGAGACUUUUCCCUUUUCUAAAAUUUAUGAUCUAUUUGCAAGCAUUUUCACAAGCCAAAGCCAAAGCCAAAGCCUUCUCUUAAAAUUAAUGAUUGAAAAACCAAGGUAUGUUAGUUAACAUUUUCUUUCAAUUAUUAAGUUUCAUUGUGGCAACUUCACCUUCACCUAACUUCUUCGCGCCAAGUGGCACAGAAGGCCUCAUCCCUGAAACAUUUUUGUAUAUUCAUCUCUCAUCUCGUACCUAUCCUGUGUAUCCGUGUAUGUAAGCUAUGUUCGCGCUAAAAAUCUAAAGGUGGGAGGAUAACCGUAACUCCACUCACUCACCUCUACAAGUUAACAUUUCUCAUAGUACUAGUUCCUCUCAUAUUAAAUAAGUCGUGCUGAUUAGACAUGGUCGAAAUGUAAAUGGUAUUUUUGACAGAAUAAUUGAAGACAAGUACGCAUGCAUUAAGGGUGUCUGGCUCGAUAUUUCGAUACGCCCACGAAAUCAAUUGACCGUGAAGAUCUGAGAGAAAGCCGUUUACCAACAGGCUACUGGAAAGCGCUUUUAGUUAUUCACCAUACGGGAUAGCUGCAUACCCACAAAUAUGUCGUAGAAAAGCCGGUUAAGACAACAGGACAACAUGCAAAAGAAUGGAGUCUUUUCUUAAGAUUAAAGAAUCAUAUUACGACAUUCAUAAAAUUAACCAGGACUCCAUUCACGAGCGAUGACACAUUGAUCUCUAUAGUUUGAAAGGUUAUGGAGUCGCAUUACAACACUAACCAGGACCCCAAUAACUAGCGAUGAUAAGUUGAUCCCCUACAGUUUGACAUGCUUUCACACAUUCCCAACAGACCCGGGGAAAUAACGCUGCGGGAGAUGAUACUUGCAGUAAAAGCCAUAUCCGUCCUCUCAUGUGGUACAAUGAUGAGAGAGUCAAAGAGCAAGAGUACAUUGGUGACAAGAUGUCCAUUCUCCUGGGAGUGCCCCGUUUAAGGCAGCUGAGAGUACAGAAAGGUAUGUCAAGUAUGUAAGAGUGUAUAGUAAAAAUCGCUCUCUCAGUAAAAAAAAAUAGAAAUUUGCAUUUUCUGGUUUUUAUGCCGCUUGCAUAUUUCAAAUUAACUAGUGCUGUCCAAUGAAGACAAUGUUCUCGAAGAAAACGUUUUAGAAGCCAUCGUUGAACUACAACCAACGUCGCUAAUAUUUCCUGGUGUUGCUGUUUUAGAUUCUUGCUUGAUUCCGGAUGAGUUACAAGAGGUAGUAAAGCACUGCAAUGACUUCUACAGCAUCAACGAAGAGGACAAAACUCAUUUUCAUCUACCUGGAUGGAUGCCAUUUACAGGCUCGGUUUCGUGGGCUAACUUUUCAGAUCUUUGCCCGGCCCCAUGGCGUUACGUAAAAAAAGAAAAGAUCCAGAAAUCGCCAAGCUGGGGUUUCUUUCACGUUUAUGACGGAGGUGGAUACAUAGCAGAUUUAGGUUAUAGUAAACUCACUGCUGACAGAAUUAUUACUAACUUGAGACAAUACGACUGGGUCGACCGCCAGACCCGCGCAGUGUUACUUGAAUUCUCCAUUUACAAUCCAAACACAGGAUACAUCAGCAUAUCGACAUAUCAUUACGAAGUACUCCCCACUGGGUACGGUAAUCCUUUCGCAAAGAUCGACACGCUUCUAUUGACGAGCACGCAAACUAGUUCCUACCGGUUCUACCUGAUUUGUCAGUUACUGUUCAUCCUCAUGGUAAUCUUCUUUGUGCUAAAAGAGGUUUAUAAUAUCUUUAAGCAGAAAUGUUCUUAUUUCCGAAAUGCAUGGAAUUGGGUGCAGAUUUUGCAAAUCAUUUUUUCUUUUCUGGUGGUAGUUUUCUAUGUUUUAAAAUCACAAAUGGUUCUGAAAAGUGUCGUAAAAGUAAAGAAAAACCCUUUUGCUUCUGUAAGUUUCGGGGAGGCCGUUGACUGGAACCACGCAGAGAAUUCCGUUUUAGCUCUGACGGUUUUCACAACAACUGUGAAACUUCUGCGCAUGAUCCGUUUUAAUCCACACGUCAGCAUAAUGAUGUCAUCACUUCGUUUAUCAAGAGGAUUACUCAUGUCAUACUCUGUGAUAUUUGCCAUUAUUAUCUUCUCAUAUGCUCAGUUUGGUAGACUAGCUUUUGGUGAGUACAUGCUGCGUUAUUCAUCGUUUCAAAGAACGGUGUUUUCCGAAUUUGUCAUGUGCCUCGGCGGAAAAAUGGACUUGGAAGAACUGCGACGAGCGAAUCGAGUUCUAGGUCCCCUGUUUGGAUUUUCUUUCCUUACUCUUAUGUCGUUCAUUUUCGUCAACUUUUUUGUUGCCAUUCUAAAUGAUUCUUAUGAGGACAUCAGAGAAAAUACGGACAAACAGUCGAAAGACUUUGAAAUGCACGACUUUAUAUUGGAAAGACUACGUGAACUUUUAGGGUUUAAUAAAGAAACUGAACGAGAAAAUGACAAUGAUAAUAACACUGACCUGCUUGAACAUCCAGUACCUCAGGAAAAUGUCUCACAUGGAAAACUAACAUUUACAUCUGUAGUCGUCUACUCUCAGAGACUUCGUCAUAUGGCGAGACGCAAACAACUGCGAAUUUCCAAAUUAAAAGAGGAGAACGAUAGAACUGAAAGAAGAGCGAACGUGGUUAGAUUUGAGUGCGAGAGACCGGCAACAAUGGCUGAUGUAGAGACACGAAAAAGAACAAUUCAAAAACUAAAAUGUGUCACAUCAAGCUUGUUUAUCAUGAAGUCCUUAGCGCAAGAGAGGAUGUUGGAGAGAAUGUCUAAUUUAAUUGAGAAACUUGCAAUGGACGAAGUGCAACGAGAUGAAGAGCUUCUUUUUAUAAUCCGGUUUUUACUUCUAAUGAAUAUGAACUACGACGACUGUUCUAGUAUACGUGGCCCAGAGGAGACUUCUUCACUCGAUGACAUUGCCAUUUCUUCAUUGACAACACCGUUAUCUUCGCCAAUAUCCGGGAUCGACAAGACAAGAGGUGAACCGGUAGAUACCUCUGACGAUGACACGUUAGACCUUCUUCGAAGAAGAGAAUUUUCGCGUCCGUUGCCGUAUCACUUGAGGGGUAUGGAGCUUCGUGAACAACUCCGAUCAACUUUGGCAACUAAAAGAAGUAAAAGGGUCAGGCCGAGGCCGUCGAACUCUUUGAUCUAUAAAUACUACUCGUUCCUUUGA